GUGGAAGCUCAGAUCUUAGAGUCUCCUCCUGCCAGCUGCAGGUGGCAUGGAUCAUGAUUGGGGGACUGAUGUCUCUAGGCCCUAACUUCGUCAAGAUUCAUUUGUCACAGCUCAUGCUCCUGUGGCGUAAUGCCCUCCCUCGACCAAUGUUGAAGGAGAACAUGACUCAGAGGAACAUGUUGGAGGUCAGCUAUCUGGCUCAUGUGCGAGAAUGCGCUCUUGGCGCCAUCAAAUCCUUCUUGACAUAUAACCAGCGGCUGUUGACGUCGGACGUCUCCCGAAGACUUGCAGGGAUGCUGGAGAACACAGUGACAUUUCUUCAAAAUCUUCCGGCGAAAAAGACGAGCGACGAACCUGCGAACAGAUUGAAGGCAGGUCUACAGUUGCAGGACUACGAAGUCAUGGUAAGGCGGCGUGUGUUCGAAUGCUUCUCACAACUACUCUGUCUCAGUCCUGCUGGCAGUAUCGAGUCGACAGCGCAUUCCAGCAUAUUGCCGCUAGCAGUUGCAUCAUUUUCCGAUUUGGAGUAUGAUGCUCCAACUUCUCUCAGUGCGGCGAUUGCAAGCGCCACCGCUGCCUUCGAGAGCAUAUGGGAACUUGGUGACAACUAUGGCUUUGGCGUCAACGGGAGAGCGAGGGGUCUGGACCUGCUCAACCCCAUCAGCGGCAAGCUAGAGCGACAUUGGACGAGCAGAAGCGAUGUCGAGUCAGAGAUUGAUCAGACACUUCUGUCGCCCAUUGGCCGAGCUGCUGAGAACGAUCCGACAUGCUGUUACUUGCCGACUACCAAUCUCGAAGAAGACUUAUCUGGACCGCCAGCUACAGAGUCUGUGGACUCGGCAAUCGCGGCUUUCGCACUCUGCUUGCCACUGCAGAGCCCUAGAGUCCAGGAGAGCACGCUGGAGCAGAUGGCUUCUUCGAUGGGCGCGAAUCUGCAGAAAGAUCCUGUCAGGAAGGUUGCAAUUACGGCAAACGUGGCACUUGCGCUGUCUACAGCACUCAGAGUGGCGACUGGCGACAUUGGCUCUGCCAAAGGCAAUCUUCAAAGCGCCAACACUGAGAAGUCUUUACAGAGCCUACUGCACGUCUGCGUCAAGGAUCCGGAUGAGAGUAUUCGCAGCACGGCAGCUACAGCGCUCGGCAGGCUGUGCUCGAGCUCAGGUACCGCGUUCACUGGCGUGGAGGUCACGCAGCUCACCGAGACUAUUGUAAACAACAGAGAGCCUCAUGUACGAGCAGGCUGUGCGAGUGCGCUCGCGCAUAUACACUCCCAGAUUGGUGGCAUGGCAGCUGGACUGCAUAUGAAGAAUAUUGUAGGCAUACUGAUGUCACUGGCGGCGGAUACUCAUCCUCUUGUGCACUUCUGGGCGCUUGAUAGUCUAUCGCAGAUUGCAGAAUCCGCUGGGCUGAAUUUCUCGGGUUAUGUCACCAGCACGAUUGGUAUGCUCUGCCAACUGUAUGUCUCAGAUGGGCAUACCGAGGAAUCCGCAUCACAGGCGUCGUCCAACAUGGCCAUGGGCCUGCCUGUCACUGCGACAAUUGCUCGUGGUGUUGAUGCAGUCAUCAAUGUACUGGGUCCAGACUUGCAGGAUAUGGCCAAGGCUCGGGACAUGAUCCUCACUCUUGUCCGGCUAUUCUCGCAUGAAUCAGACGUCUCAAUCUUGCUCGAAAGUCUGCGUUGUUGGGAACACCUUUCGCUGUAUGCUCCCGGCCACUUGCAAUUUGAAGAGUACGUCCGACGCCUUCAAGAUGACGCGGACUCUAUGUCUCCAGAAAUUUCAUCUGUAGCUUUACACGGUCUCUUCACACUUAUGCGUCGGGAUGCUCCAGAAAUCAUCCGCACUGCUCGUCCUGGCCUCGAGGAACGGUUAUGGGAGCAUUUGAAUUUGGACCCUGGGCAGAGGUCGAUACAGGAUAUCUUCUUGAAUUGGCUGCAGCAGACUGGCACCAGUGAUCCUGGAGACUGGAUCGAGAGAUGCAAUACCGUCCUGACCAAGACUGUGGUAAAGUCAGAACAACAGCCUAGAACCGCAGGGCCCGUAUCAACUGCUGGACCGGAGCUUCAGGACGAGGAGGUCGCUGGGUUUGCCGUCACGGCUGGUGCUCAGAAGGAAGACGAUACACAAGCUCCGUCGUCCGCACAGGAGCUCAUGCGAUGGCAAGUGCGGCUAUUUGCCAUGGAAUGCUUGCGAAAUCUGAUAGCUAUGAUCAGAAAGGAGGCCGCGAUCAGUGAUGACAGUCCAGGAGAGGCUGCGUUACAGAACAAAGUGGCCGAUGUCAUCCGCAUUGCUUUCUCUGCCUCCACGGCUGGCGUGACUGCUCUGCGGGUGGUUGGUAUGCAAAUCAUUGAUCAGGUUCUCAAGAUGUUCGGCAGAACACCAGAUCCGGACUUUGCAGAAGCCAUGCUCCUUGAACAGUAUCAGGCACAGAUUAGCUCCGCGCUGACACCAGCUUUCGCGGCAGAUUCCUCGCCUGAACUUGCCGCUGCUGCAGUCGACGUAUGUGCGACCUUCAUUGCCACGGGCAUUGUCAGAGAUGCUGAGCGUAUGGGUCGUAUCCUGAAGACGCUUGUUUCUGCUCUCGAGAGCUUCUCGCGUGACUCUGAAACUGCGGCGAUUGGAGACCUCAGAGGACUCACAUCAAACGCCCAAGUCAUGGUUCGCAUGGCGGUCUUCUCUGCAUGGGCGGAGCUGCAGAUGGCGAGUGGCGAGCAAGAAUACCUGGUGGACAUUGUGAAGCCGCAUAUCGCACAACUGGUGCCUCUAUGGAUCUCGUCUCUCCGUGAGUACUCACGAUUGCGAUUCGAGCCUGAUAUCUCAGCAACCACAGCCACGCCAGCAACAUCAGGCGACCUCGACAUGGUCUAUGCUGCGCUCAACAGAGAAACACUCCUUGGAUUCUAUCAAGCGUCUUGGCUGAGCCUUGUAGACGCCAUCGCUAGCUUGAUUGACGAGGACAGCCAAUUCGUGUUUGAUGCUCUCGACAACAAAGAUACUGACACUGCCAAAAUCGAGUCCGGCGCAGCCAACAGUAUUGCACAGAAGAACGCAGGCAUCAACUAUCGCGAAGAGCCUGUGGCGUUCUUCUUCGUGCUGUACGGCCUGGCAUUUGAGUCACUCGCCGUACGGAGCGGAACCGAUGAUGUGCUUGUGCGACAGAAGAACCUGGACAUCCUCGCUGCGCUGAAGAAAAUCUUACGACCAUCCGUCUCCGGAAUGGCCGUUUUCCAGGAAGUCGUUUUUGCAGAAACGAUGGACUUGUUAGAUCGUAUGGUCUUGACCGAGAGCCUGGCCAUGCAGGAAAUCAUUAUCGAGAUUGCCCGUAACCUAUGCUUGGUGCAUCCGUCGUCAAGAAAAGGACAACAGGGCGCGAACCACAGCGAGGACUUGUCUGAGGAUAUCGAACAGCUUUUCGAGCUUACUCGCAUCAUCAUACUUGUCAUCGCAGGUCUGGUACCAGGUUUGACCGACACACCAGUUGCAUCGCAUCUCGAGACAUCCGAGGAGGCGAUCAACCUCAUUCGUGCCGCCCUUCAGGCCCUAGUCGAUGUAUCCGAGGUGUUCAUCUCCAUCAUCAAGACAGAUCUGCACGCUUCGAUACUGCACAUCUUCGUCACGAUUCUUGGUACGGCAAGUUGUCAGGCCACAGUUGUGCCACAAGCUUUGCCCAUCUUCCGGCGCUUCGUGGCCAGUCUGGCGGAAGAUAAACAACCCGAGACCAAACAACAGAUUCACAGCGCACUGAAGCGGAUGCUGGCCAUCUUGCGGAACGCGCAGACACGUGAGAGUGAAGCGAGUCUCCCAUGCGAGAAAAACACGCUCCUCGCCAUCACGAUCUUGCUGUCCACUGCACAGCAAUUUUUCGGCCCCGAAGAUCCUCUCGUGAUCCGCUUCAUCAACGAGCUCCGCGAGUGUCUCGCGGCGCCCACGACGACGAAAGUCUCCGCGGGCUGCUAUCGCACCUUAAUCAGCCAAUCCGUCGCCCCGAGACUCACCUUCUCCCACCUCGUCAGCUUUCUCAUCGACGCGCCCGAUCUCGAAGGCAUCGAUGAAACCAAGCUUGUAGUCUCCCCCAUUUUAACCUCUACCGUCUCUCGCCUCGCACCCGAGCAGAAACCUGCUGCUGUCGUCCUCCUCGUUCACACCCUCCUCGUGUAUGCGGGCAACGCGGGGCCGAGUGCUCAUCACAGCAUCGCAUCGAGUUUGCUCCAACUCGCCGCGACGGAACCAGCCACGUUUCGUAAUCUCAUCGGCGCCAUGUCGGGGCCGAAGAAGGUGUUGAUGGAGCAGAUUUUGAAAUCUCAGGCGGGUAAUCGUCGAGGCGGCAGGCAGGAGGGUAGUGGUGGUGAGGAUCGAGAACCGACGAUUGCGCUCAAGAUGAAUUUUGGGUCGUGAGGCUCUCUCUCUCUCGUCUAGAGUAAGAGGGGAGGGAAGUAAGGUACCGAGCUGAGGUGAUGUUGAUUGAUUGAUUAGCGUUU